AUGUCUCUUAAGAACGAAAAGCAAACCUCGGAGGUGACCUCUGUCACUGACAUCGAGUCUGCCAGUGUUAGAAACAAGGUAUUUGGCUAUGAGGACCGUUUGGCUUCUACACUUAACGCCCGCCAUAUAGGCAUGAUUUCGGUGGUUGGCGUUUUUGGCACGGGUCUUUUCCUUUCUUCUGGAGGCUCUCUUGCCACGGCUGGGCCUGUGGGUAUUUUGCUCUGUUACUUUUUCGUUGGUUUGGUGGUUUUGGCCUCGCAAAUGUGUGCAGCUGAAACUGCUUGUCUCAUGCCUGUGACGUUUGCUACCAUCAAGCAAUCCAACCAUUUCAUUUCUGAAAGUUAUGGUUUCGCACUUGGGUGGACUAACAUGUAUGCUUCAAUUAUACCCAGUGAAUUGUCUGCUGUCGCAGUGAUUAUGACUUAUUGGUCGAGCUUGAACCCGGCAGUGUGGAAUUGCUGUUUUCAGUGCGGUUGUAUAGCCACCAACUGCUAUAAAAAUCCGAUGGUACGGCGAAAUUGA